AUGGUUGUGAGAUGUGUGAUAUGUAAGACCAGUUAUAACAAGAAUGAAAAGAAUGUACAACUGCAUCAAGUUCCACGAAAGGACAACAUAAUGAAAUUAUGGCUAUCAGUACUAAAUAUGGAACAUAUAAAUCAAAACGCAAAACUUUGUUCAAAACACUUUACAGAACAAGAUUUCAACAUAAGUGUAGUUGGAGAAAAAAAGUAUUUAAAACCUGAUGCAGUCCCAUCUAGAAAUCUAUGGAAAGAUGAGAAAAACAUUGAUUGUAACAACUCUAACGAAGAGAGCAUACAGAACAUACAACACUACAACAUAAAACAUACAUCUUUAAAAAGAUCCUUCUCAAUGGAACAAUCAACCGAAGAAGUGCCUUCAAAAAGAAGAAAUAUAAGAACAAUCAAUGAUAUAGACAUCAAAAAAGUUUCACAAUCAUCAUCAGAAGCAGAAAUAUGUUUGGAAGCACUGAUUGAAGAAUUGCGUGACAAACGGAAGGAAGUGAAACGGUUUAGAGAUCAGGUUAACAAACUGAAAAAAACAGUGAAGGAUUUACGCUCAUUACUAAAAACUUUAAAAGAUAACAAGUUAAUAACAAGCACAGCUAGUGAUACAUUACAAGUGAGAGUAUCCGAAGUUACUACGGAGCGCAAACCUACACGACCUAGACGGCCGAUAGUACACCACAGGCCACCAUCUACGACAAUCGAAGUUCCCACUCCUGUCCUCAAUCCCGAAGCACCGGCCGUCACGGCCAUCUCUCUGACAGCGGCACGACCAGUAUCACCGAGAGAACGACCAGUGGCACCGAGAGUACGACCAGUGACAUCGAGAGUACGACCAGCAGCACAGAGAGUAGCACUGCUGAUAUUGCCGAGAGCACCUCGAAGAACGAGAGCACUGGCUCGAGUAGCGGUCCGACCACCAGCGGCGAGCAGUCGAUCCACCACCGCCGCUCCCGCUGCCGCAUCACCGGCACCGUCAUCGCCGGUCCCCGGCUCUCAGCCGAAACUCACAGCUGCUCCCGCUGCCGCGCCACCGACGCCGUCAUCGCCGGUCCCCGGCUUUCAGCCGGUAGUCUCUCUCUGGGCCGACGAAGAGAAGCCACCUCGCAGGGUCUGCACCGACUUGCUCCCGUGGACUCUCCAGGAGCUCGCACUCUCGCCUCCUAGGCGAACAAGGCCUCCACGAGAAACCCUGUCGCCGUGGGACAUACGCGUGCGGAGAAGAACGAGUCCGCGACAAAGGCGAGCUUCCGCCACACCGCCACCAAGGACUGCAGCGUCGGACAAGGAGAACUUCCAUCAGGGGACCCAGACCAACAUCUCCUGGGUCUCCCUGCCGAGUGACGAGGCACCUUCCCCGGAGAAGGACAAAUGGGGCUCUAUCCGGGUCACGCUUACGGAGCCCCACAUCUCGUACCGAGAACGCCUGAUCCGGGAUUAA